AUGCCCAACCCCGCUCCCCCCCUGCCCGCGGCCCCCGCCGCGUUCACCGGCAACUUCUCCAGGAGUUUGGAACAGCGGGAUAACUCAAUGCAAGAGAAAAGGAAAAGCUUCACGUUGACAAUCACGGUGUUCACCAACCCCCCCCAAGUAGCCACAUACCACAGAGCCAUCAAGAUAACAGUGGAUGGACCUCGGGAACCCAGAAGACACCGUCAGAAGAUGGAUGAGCAGACAAAGCCGGGCAGUUUGUCCUUCUCCGAGCGCCUGAGCGAGCUGGAGCAGCUGCGCCGCACGGCCAUGAGGGUCAGCCCCCACCACCCAGCCCCCACAGCCAACCCACGGGCCUCCCUGAACCACUCCACUGCUUUUAACCCUCAGCCUCAGAGCCAGAUCCAGGACACGAGGCAGGUGCAGCCGUCCCCGCCGUGGUCCUACGACCAGUCCUACCAGUACCUGGGCUCCAUCGCCGCGCCCUCGGUGCACCCGGCCACGCCGAUCUCGCCGGGCAGGGCCGGCGGCAUGUCCUCGCUCACCGCCGAGCUCUCCAGCCGCCUCUCCAGCGCUUCAGACCUGACGGCCUUCAGCGACCCCCGGGUGGGCAUCGACCGCUCCUUCCCGGCGCUGCCGUCCAUCUCCGACCCGCGGAUGCACUACCCGGGGGCCUUCACCUACACGCCCACGCCCGUCAGCUCCGGCAUCGGCAUCGGCAUGUCCGCCAUGUCCACGGCCUCCCGCUACCACACGUACCUCCCGCCGCCCUACCCGGGCUCCUCGCAGGCCCAGGGCGGCCCUUUCCAGGCCGGCUCCCCUUCCUACCACCUGUACUACGGCACCUCGGCCGGCUCCUACCAGUUCUCCAUGCUCUCCGGGGGCGACCGCUCCCCGCCGCGCAUCCACCCGCCCUGCACCAACGCCUCCACGGGCUCGGCGCUGCUCAACCCCAACCUGCCCAGCCAGAGCGACGUGGUGGAGGCCGAGGGCAGCCACAGCAACUCGCCCACCAACAUGGCCAGCACGGCGCGGCUGGAGGAGGCCGUCUGGAGGCCCUACUGACCCCCCGGGAGCACCCCCGGG